AUGCUCGGUCGCUCGGAUCUUAAUCCUACUUCGAAUGCAUCCAUUCCCGACAAUCUGGAACUAUGCACCCUCAAAGCCAGUGCUACUAUGACUCGCACGUCAGAUCGGAUCUGUAUGUAUAUGUGCAAGGAUCUGCGUGUGCACCAAAAUGGUACUGUAUUCGAGUUGAGGAUUGAAGAUUUUCAUGCAGCAAAGAACAGUAAUAUGGAUCGCUUGAAAUAUUAUUAUGAUGGCGCCAGUGUGAAUGUUGUAGAUUUAUCGGGCGAGACACCCUUGGACUACAACUAUGCGGGGUUUGCUGCUAUUUGGCUGCCAUGGGAAGAUGCCGUUUGA